AUGCCAGACAUCAAAAUCUUCGGUGGCAGCUCCCACCAGGACUUAUCCCAGGAAAUUGCCCACCACCUGGGGCUGGAGCUCUGCAGGCUGGUGACCAAGAAAUUCAGUGACCAGGAGACCUGCGUGGAAAUGGGCAAAAGUGAGCGAGGAGAGGACGUCUACACGGUGCAGAGCGGCUGCGGCCACACCAGCGACAGCCUAAUGGAGCUGUUGAUCAUGAUCAACACCUGCAAGAUCACUUCUGCCCACUGGGUUACUGCAGUCACCCCGUGCUUCCCUUAUGCCCGGCAGGGUAAGAAAGAAAGAGCCCCCAUACCUGCCGAGCUUGUUGCAGAUAUGCUGUCUGUAGCAGGUGCAGAUCAUAUCAUCCCCAUGUGUUUACAUGCUUCUCAAAUUCAGGGCUUUACAUGCUUGGAUUUACACACUUCUCAAAUUCAGGGCUUUUUUGACAUCCCAGUAGACCAUGUGCAUGCAGAGCCAGCUGUCCUCAAGUGCAUAAGGGAGAGUAUCUCUGAGUGGAGGAACUACACUGUCGUCUCACCAGACAGAUGCCCCUGGGGAGCCAAGAGAGUGACCUCCAUCACUGACAGGUCGAACGUGGACUUCGCCUUGAUUCACAAGGAACAGAAGAAGGCCAAUGACGUGGACCUUAGGGUGCUAGUGGGAGCCUUGAGGAACCGUGUGGCUAUCCUCACGGAUGACAUGGCUGACACCUGUGGCACCAUCUGUCAUGCAGCUGACAAACUUCUCUCAGCUGGAGCCACCAGAGUUUACUCAAUCUUGACUCGCGGAAUCUCUUCUGGCCCGGCCAUUCCUCGCAUCAACAGUACAUGCUUUGAAGCAGUAGUAGUCACGAAUAUCAAACCUCAGGAGGAGAAGAUGAAGCACUGCUCCAAAAUAUAGGUGAUUGACAUCUCCAUGAUCCUCCCCGAAGCCAUCAGAAGAAUUCACAAUGGGGAGUCUGUUUCCUACCUAUUCAGCCAUGUCCCUUUAUAA